AUGGGAACUGUUCUUCGGUGUCAACCAUGGAGCCAGAUCUUUAACGAUCCGUUGUUUAAUGACAUUUCCGAAAGUUUUUUGGAUGGAAUCGAUGUAAACGAUUUCUCUUUCGAUGUGUCUACAUUUUUCGAUAGCCCUGAUGCGAAAAAUAUGGAUGAUGAAGCUGUCUCUAGCCGGUCUGAGAAGACGACUUUAGAAUCACUUCUGAAGUCUGAACCAACUUCAGACGUUUCUACAACAAAUACAGGGCUGCAACUAUGGGAAAAUGAACAUAACAAACAGAAUUUCUCUUGGGAAAUUCCAUCUGUCCAUCGUUCUACAUUCCCUCAAGUAAAGGUAGAUGGUCAUGUUUGUGCACCCAUUCAGCGUACAUAUGAAGUACCACUAAUAUCCAGGCUGUUAUGCGAUUCUGAAAUCCAAAAUCUUAAUAAAAACGGGGUAGACUCAAGUAAGUCGUGUCCCAUUCAAUACUCUUCGAGCAGCUCAGGUGCUGAGAAGACACACUUUGUGAUCAACAAGAAUGAAGAAGACAACAAGGUAAAUGUAGAGCAAUGUGAACAAAAACAUGAAACCAUUAAACGAGCACCUCAUAAUGCUAUUGAGAAACGUUAUCGUGCCAGUAUAAAUGGGAAAAUUGAUGAACUCCGUAGGCUUCUAACGCCUACAUCAUCUACUGAUGUUAAAAUGAAUAAAUCUGCUGUUCUUCGUCGUGCGAUCGAUCGUAUUCGUGAACUUGAAGAAAGAAACGCACAAUUGAACACUGAGUUAAUGGCUUUCCGUUCGUCUAAUGCCUCAAACGUAUCCUACGUUGAUUCUGAUAAAAGUACAUCCGAAAACGAGUUACUAUCAUUUGAAACAUCACCAUCUCUAGACAAUAAAAAAAUGAAUGAUUAUUAUCAUCAAUGUAAAACUUCUCCACAAAGUUUUUCCAGUGAAUGUAUACCAUCAUCAAUUAAUCAGGUAUUUCAUUUUACAGGUAAAUCUAUUCAACCAACAAAUUUAUCACCAUAUAAUUCAAAUGGAAAAGGAGUAUCAGUAAAAAAAAUGGAAGAAUAUUCUAAUUCAUUUCAUUCAUCGUCAUUAUCUUCUGCAUCAUCAUCUUCAUUAUCAUCACCGCCAUCACUUAAUUCGCCGCCUAAUUUCCAAUUAAAUAAUGAUAUUAAAUUUAUUACUAAUUCACAAUAUUCUUCUGUUUCACCACCAUCAUCUUUGUCAUCAUCAUCACCACCACUAGGAAUAUCUAACGGCAUUGUCAUUCCAUCAUUUAUUUUACGGCAUCAUGAUUUAUAUGAUAAUAAUUGUAUUAAUAAUGAGAAUUUACCAACCCAUCAACAAUAUCAAUAUUAUCAUCCAUUAUCAUCGGCCUCUUUACUACAAUCGUCAACUACUCAAAAUUCUUAUGGAUCGCAACAAUUAUUCUGUACACCACAUUCAACUGUUAUUUUACCUGAACAAUCAGUGAUGAUGAAAGAUGAUUGUACUCGUAAAGUUCAUCGUAAACGUUUAGCCGAUGAUUCUAAUGGUGGUGGAGGACGAGGAGCAUCGUUUACUCCGACCAAGGCAAGAUGUGGCCAUUUGCUAGUUAAUCAUGACUUGGAAGUAAAAAAACUAGCUGUCCCACAUGUAAAAGAGAAAUUCAACUUAAUUUCAACAAAUAACAUUUAUAAUAAUAAUAAUAACAAUAAUAAUGGUAGUGGUAAUCGAAAUAAUACUAUACAGGCACAGUUCCCUACUGUAUGUCAGUUAUUAUGUGAAACAAAUUCAUGUUCACAUACACCUGUGUCAACAAAAGCUAAUAUGCCAAAUUCUAUUGUAAAUCAACAAAAUCAUCCAAUUGGUGGUGGUUAUAAUGAAGUGAUAGCCCGAACUACUCUAUGCGUUGCUGCUUUAUGCCUUAUUGCUUUCAAUCCAGCACAAAUAACUAAUCAAGCAUAUAUGAAUACUGGUGGUACUAGUCCAAGAGACAAUAAAAUAUCAAAUGCUAGAACUUUGCUCUCGUAUUUCGAUGCGUCUACCAGCACAACUUCCAAAAGCGGGAACAUAAUCGCAACAAUUAUCCCUAGUUCAUGGCUUAUAUCAAUAAUAUAUAUUUUACAAUGGUGUAUUGCUUUAUUAUUAUGUUCAUGGGCUUGUUAUAAAAAGCACAUACAUGUCCAUCUUUUUAAUUAUAGUUAUUAUUGGUCAAAGACAAGAAAUACUGUAAUCUCAUCGUAUGAGGUUAAAUCACAUUUUAGACAAGCUAAUUUAGCUAUUAGUCAGGUAAAAUACUUUUCAUAUUGAUUCAAUUAUCUAUUUGAGCACAUUGAUUACAUACACAUGGAUUAAUUGACAUAACCUAGUGGUUAUCAUGAGAAUUAAUGUUUUUAUUUAUUUGAGAGUAAAUUUAUCUGUAUCUUGUUUCAUUUUGUUGAAUUUAUGUCGUUUGACGUAUAAUAUAAUGAAAAUAAUUCAGUUCAGUAUACCAGCCCUACUCAAGCACAACUUUAUACAAUCAAGUUCUUAUGGUUUAUGUCAUGAACUGACCAUUGAGAAUUAAGAAUUACUAGACAGUUACUUUUUUCUAGUAUGGAAGUCCUCAGUAGUACACAUCCAAAACCCUACCGGGGACCAAACAUGGGACGUACAGGUCUCAGAAUGGUCACCUAACCUUCAAAUCACUGAGUUGAGAUUCAAUGAUUUCUGGAUUUUGAACUUCAGUUAUUUUCUAUAACAGAUAGACCGAAUACUUAGGUUUAGUGUUUGGGUUUUAUACCUUUUAUUUCUGUAUAUGUGUGGCGGAUGUUGUACUAUCAUCUUUUAUCUACUACAUUAAGCCUUAUCUGUUCAUUCAUUAAGUGCAAUGUUUAUCACAUGACAUGGGAAAUGGAUUUUACAGUAGGAUUUCUAGCUAGACCAUCGCAAAUAAACGAACAUUUGAUAGUUGUUUCUUUUUGGUUUUGGGACUCAUCACUGAUCAAAACCAGUUUUUUCAUGUUUUACAAUGAUUACGUUAACUUUAGACCACUGAGUUAAAAUCCAGCAGUCUACACCUAAGACUUCAAUUUCUGUUCAUCAUUUCUGCAGAGUUAGCUAUUCUUUGACUCUGUUAGUCGUAAUCUACGUGGAGCUUGGCACAUAUGUGGAUUAAUUCAAGUUCCCAAACCACAUCCGCACAAAGAGAUGAAGUUAGCAAGAUAGAUAGAAAAAGAAUCAAAAUAAUGAGGAAGUCUAAACAUUUAGAAUAUGGUUCGAAACGAUAAGAUUAUAUGUGAUGUAUGAAAUAAUACUGGAACUUAUUGUCUUGAUGAAGUUAGUAAAUGCAUUUGCACAAUUACGACCGAUUUUCAGUCAAUACCAUCCAACAUCUCCAAAUACUGAUCAUCGUUGUUGAGAGGACUUCUGUGAAUUAGUGUGCACCUACUGCUAACAUGGCUAAGACCCAUAAUCAAUGGCUUCAUGCACUGAUGCUGCGUCGAAUAACUCAUUUAUCCCGACCGUAUUUUUAUAUUCUGCUAGUCUUACUAGUCGGUCAUAAGUAAACUUUACUUAUGGAUUGCUUUUGUAUAACUGAAAACUGAAGUUGUUUUUUUCUGUCCCUAAAGUUGCGUGGUGUUUAAACUUAUUUUUAAGAUGUAUUAUGAAAAAUCCACCAAUAAAUAGCUUUCUUAAGACACAUAAAACUAGUCUUGUAAGUGAAUAUUCACGCAUAUUAUAUCUUAGAUCUACUGGUCAGAGUAUCAAACUGAUAGUGUGUCUGGAAAUGUUCUGUUCUAAAACCUAUUUCUACCGUCGUCGCCAAUAAUAGUAUUCAACUUUUGAGUAUUUCUAAAGAUUAUUUCUGUUGCUCAGUGUCAUUGCAUCCCAUUUACUAAAUACUGGUUUAUGUGCUUACUUACUCCUGUUACCCCUCAUGGAGGAGCAUAGGCCGCUCGCCAGCAUUCCCCAUUCAACCCUAUCCUAGACAAUUCUUUCCAGUUGCUAUUGAUCCUUUCCAUGUCUGCCUCCAAUUCUCGACGUAGUGUGUUCUUUGGUCUUCCUCUUUUUCGUUUCCCUUCAGGAUUACAGGUUAGCGCAUGUCUCGUGAUGCAAUUUGAUUAUUUCUUCAAUGUAUGUCCUAUCCAAUUCUAACGUCUUUUCCUAAUUCCCUCUUCAAUUGAAAGCUGGUUUGUUCCGUUCCAUAGCAGGUUAUUGCUUAUGGUACCCAGUCAAUGUACAUUGAGUGUUUUGUGUAGACAAUUGUUUAGGAAUACUUGUACUUUUAUGAUGAUAGUUGUAGUAGUAGUUCUCCACGUUUCAGCUUCGUACAGUAGGACUGUCUUGACAUUCUUAUUGAAGAUUCUGACUUUUAUAUUGACUGACAGUUGUUCUGAGUUCCAUAUGUUGUUCGACUGUAGGAAUGCUGUCCUUGCUUUGCCAUUCCUCGCCUCUACGUCUUAUUCAGACCCUCCACGUCCAUCGGAGAUGCUACCUAUAUACAUGAAACUUUCCAUCUCUUCCAGAGUUUCUCCAUCAAGUGUGAUUAGGUUGGUGUCGUUUAUCUUCCACGUAUUUCUACUUGUCAGCUCUAAUGUUCUUCACUUGUUUGCUUCUGUGUGUUUAGCUUGUGCCUUGACUUGGCUCUUGUUCAGCUGUUGUUAAUUGCUCUCUUCUUCCUUUCUUGAAUCUUGCCCAGGGUUUCCAUAGAAACCUAUUCUUUAUGAUGACACUACUUGCGGCCCAACAUCUGACACCUUGAAGUUAUUGCUUCGUUGAUCCCUUUCUAGUUGUCCUCCAUAGUGGUUUCUUCUUUCGGUAGAUCCUGUAAGGCUUGGAACCUGUUCAGAGUUCUCUUGAAUUCGUUGAGUUUGUUAGUAUAUCGAAGGAAGGUUGUAUUGAACCUUCAUAAUGCUCUUUGUCCAUUUAUGUGUGAGAGGUAGCCUAAACUGAAAUUGAUUAAAUGUGGUCGAAAGAUGUGACUUACUCUUUGACACCGAAUGUUCUAGUUACUCAUCUGCUGGCUAUAACAGGUAUCAUUAAUCCAGAAAAAUAGUUAAGUGAUGAAAAGCGCUAAUUUCUUUGUUAACCUCUUCGAAUUCCUCUGUUUUAAUUUGUUACAAAUCCAUGAACUGCUCUCAAAAUUUAUUGAUUUUAUAAUUUAUCCAUUUAUUAUUGAUUUGAACACAUAAAUAGUAGUAAAAAGGGGCACCAAAUAUAUAUGCGCCACACAAGUCACUUGAUUUUUGUGUGAGCUGUUAUACUGUCUGGAUACCCAGACCGAAACAGAUAGUUUUCUUAGGGGGCCACACCCGGAGCCUUGGUUUUGAAAGUCUGAUCCACAAUCCAGUGGAGCAACAUCAGGAGGUUCAGUCCCAUGGUAGCCAGUGAGCAACGAUUGGUUCGCACACCAUUUGUUCGUUCAGGAUCUUGGAGCCCAUGUGCACCAUUAGUUUGUAAUCAAAGUUUCCCAACUCCCCUAGGUGGACUCUCCGUGUCUCCCAACCCGGCUAAAGCGCCGGACAUUCGCUUUUCAUCCUCUCAACUUCGUAAAUAACAGCGGUGCUGCGAUAAGGCAGUGGAUAGGACUCCCCUGAUAGUGACUCUAUACGCGUGGCCAUGUGAGAGCAUUUCGAGAGGGAGAGCUGACUAUCUUCACCCUCGGUCGUACCAGGGCAUCUGGGGGCUUGAGUAUGUAUCGGGGGUGGGAUUCGAACCCACGCCCACAUAGUGAACCAGAACACACAGAAGAACACUCCUUAGACCGCUCGGCCACUGCGACUACAGUUAGUUUGGGGUAAUUCCUUUUUAAAAAAUGAUUAGAGCAUUCUUUCAAUGCAAGACUAAAUAUGCAUAAAGUCGAUAGAUCGUGUGACUGACGCCCAACACUUCAAAAUUAAUCUUAAACACGAUAAAAGGAAGGCAGAAGUCAGAGGAUAAUGAAAGCUUGAAAUUUGAAGGAGAAAAAAUUAUAUGUAACAAAAUAUAACCUCGGGACAGUAAUAUUAGCAGAAUAGUAUAGAAAUUAAAUAAUCAAAUGAACCAAUAAACAGUUAUUACGGUUUUCCCCACUCUAAAAAACUAACAGAUGUUGACUAAAAAACAAGAUAACCUAACGACUCCCUUUUACCCUCACCUACUUUAUGUACAAUAAUUCAUUUUCGUUUAUGUCCAUUAACUUCAAACUCAGUUUAGAUUUGUUGAUGGGUAACGGUUUAGAAAGUAUGUAGCAUAUUAUUAUUAUUAUUAUCCUUACUAACCUGUUUUUAUCCUCAUUAAUUAUAGCUGACUUGGUCUGUUGCUGAUUAUCACUUGAGGCAAUGCUUGCAUUCACUUGGCAGUACACAUUGCGAAUUAACUCCAUCUGGAUCAACGGUUUCUUUUCCUCGAUAUAUUUAUUUAUGUAUAUGGUUUCUAAUUAAAUUCGGAAUCAACUUGCUUAGUAUAAUUUUAAUCGAAUUGCCCUGUUGGCUUUGGAUGUGUUCUUUUAAAAAGAAGGUAGAUCAACCUAAUCCGAUAAUAAACAGUGGUCAUUCAUACUCUAAUGAAAAGAGUAUCAUCUCUGCAGCUGAAGUUCGUCUACGCCUAAUGGAGUUAUAUUUAUUUGACUAUGUGCCGAAAAAAGCAAAUACAAACAAUUCUAUGCUUUUUAAGUUCAACCGUUUACUGGAUAGUAUCUCUCUAGCUGUGAUGUGUAUUCACGAUUUUCUUCAUUCUCUAUCUACUCAACAAAUAUAUUGUACCAAAGACAAGUUACAUGAAAGUAAUCAAAAUAUAGGAAUAUCAUCAGCUGUUGAUAACAAAUUGCCUAUCAAUCUUUUACCUAGACAAGGUGUAACACUUGGACUCUUUCUAAAACGAAAACUUGGGAUGUAUUAUCUUGGUUCUCUGAUCAUUCGUAUGACAGUUCAUGUGACUCUCCGAUUUCGUUUGUCGAAGUUAUGGAUAAAUUGGUUCAAUAAUUCAACAUUUAUCGAAUUAAUUGUUUCAAAUCAAAAGUUGAAUUCAUGCGCUAUAGGUAUCAAUACAACUUAUUCAUCAUCAUCAUUGACCAGAUCUUCUACAAAGGCGGUUGGUUUACAUGACCAUUCAUCCAACAAAAAUCUGUCACUAGCGAAUUAUACAGAAAAGAACAUUAUUAAUCAAAUAUUGAUUGAAUUACGCGAGCAUAUUACUUGUCAUUGUUUAAAGGUUAUAUUGUAUGGUAAAGUUGAUCAGGUGAAAAGUUUACAGUCAUAUAUUCAUCUACUGUCGCAAUUAUCACCCUCAUUAAAUGUAUACAAUAGUAAUAUGAAUAACUACAGAACUAGUGAAAUUGAAUAUGAAGAAACUAGUGAUCAAGUUUCAUGUGCUCACUGGUGGGCUCAAAUGUUAAAUAUUCUUUGGGAAUAUAGGUGUGAUCAAUUGACAUUACCUUUACAAUCAUCAUCGUCAUCAAAAUUGUUGGUAACAAGAAAUCAGUCAAAUCAAGCAUAUCAUGUUGUUACACCUCAAUCACUUUUCAACUGUCCUUGUUUGGGUGAUCUAGUUAAAGUUUUAUCGAUCAUUAAUAAGUAAGUUAUCACCAUUGUUUAUAUCAUACAUAGUUUAAAAAUGUAUUUGUGGUAGUCAGCCAAUCAUUAGUUAUAAUCAACAUAAAGUCUAGUGCAUAUGUAUGGGUUAAACCGAUUAACUAUGUCACAUUACCUCGACAAGAUGAAAGUAACAAGAUAAAUAGCCAAAGAAUUGAAAUUAUGUUGCAACAAUGAUAACAAGAAAGAUUAAGUAUUAAGAACAUGGUGUGAACAAAAAUAGGAUAAAAACAUUAUGCAUGAAUGAAUAUUGGGACUCAAUAUAUGGCGGAAGUCAAAAUGUGAAUGCAUCUCUAACAUCGAGACAAAUUUUCAGUCAUAUCACCUAACAUUUCUAGCCACUGUUCGCGAUCAUCACGCAAACCUCGAACAACUAGUUUUCACACUUCUUUUUUUCAAAAUAUUUUAUACUCAUUUUCUGUUAUUCUGUUGUAAGUAUCAUAAAUCUAGUAUGGUGUGUGCUACUUAUAUUGAUAUAAGUAGUAUAUGACGCGAGUCAGGAAUGUUAUGUCUGGCAGCAGAAGAUGAGGGGAAAAUCGAGAAAGGAAAAGCGAGAAUACAAUGGAAUUUGUAAGAAAACGCAUGAACAAUGGAAUGGGAGACAAUGGAUUGGUGUUUGCAACAGGAACAGUCCAGUUUGAUAUGAUGCAUUGAUAUUUUGCAAAUUGACUAUUUAUUAUAUGGUUUUCAGAUUUCAUUGAGAUAGUCUGUAAUUCUUGUGCUAAAUACAUUCGAUUGUUCCCACCCGUGUUCUGUUCACUGCACUAGUACUACUAACCUCUGAGUUGAAAAUUAAAUGUAUCAAGGUCAGUAAGCCACAUUUGUAUAGUGAGUUGCAUAAGUUAUAUAAUGAAUUUUCGAUAGUAACAGAUCUGAACAAAGACUUGGGGACAAUUUUGAAGAGAAAAAUAAAUAAUUGUUUUUUUUUAAAUUUUAGCCUUUUCAUGAACUUUCAAAACCAUUUAUUAUCAGCAUUAACUAAAAAUCAUUUUGAAGAACUUUAUAUGUUAUUACACACGUGUUAAACCGGGAAUUCAUUGGAUUUGUACCAAAACUGACGUUGUGUUGUGUGUACAAACUACUCCGUACUAUUUUUUCACAUCCAUUUUCUAAGGAACUAAUAUUGUGUGGAAGUGUAUGGUGUACAUAUAUAUUUCAACUACAUAGAUUUCUAAAGGUUUACAACUAUUUUAAGUUAUUCUCAUGGAUAAAAACUCUAUCUCUAAUGUAAAUACAACUAUUUUGUUGAUUCUAUGAUAUGUAAACAGUGCUUCAAAGAAUGUAUGUUCAUGAUAAUCAUUAUAUCAAUAUUACAAUUCGCUUUAUUUUUCAUAUAUCCUGUUCGUUGUUUUUAUGAUGUAUUUCUGAUCAGAUUUUAUCCUUAAUAGGGUUCAUAAAUGAUAAUGACAAACCUAAACACUUUAUAGUUUUCUUUAUAUAUGUUUAAAAAUUGAUAAAAUUAAAUAUAUCAUUGAUUUAUUUUUAUAUAUUUCAUAGAUUUGAUUCUUUGGAAUGGAAAUCAACUUCUUGUAUGCUGCACAGUGUAUGUUCUUCAGUAAGAAAUCUUAGGAAAUCUUGUCGAAAUUUGACUAAUAUCAAUACGAUCAAUAAACAACCUUCUGAAUCCGAUCUUCAGUUAGAUUAUAUGCGAUUCAACUUUCUGGUAUGUUCUUAUUGUUGUUGUAAAAUUCAUUAUUUGUAUUUCUGUUGUUGAGAUUUUUCAUUUGUAUUCAUGAAUGAUCAUAAAAUAUCGCUUAGUCUUUGAUCAGUUUACCUUAACUUGUUAUGACUUAUGGCCCUAUCAAUUAUCACGUGGCAAAAUUGCCUGUCAGAACAUCAACUAAUAUGAGCUUGUCCUUGUGCUAAACCAAUGAUGCGUUAACCAGCGCGAGCAGCCUUGAGUCAACUCUAAGUCCUUAUUGGUCCUUGGUAUAGCAACCUCUCACCUAGCCUAGCCCGUUCAGUACAGAACACAAAUAGCCUCUGUUGUAUGGAUCGUAUAUUUCAGAUAUACUUGGUUUAUAUACAAGUAGACCAGGCUGUAUCACACCAUAAAAUAGAAAAUCAUAAUUAUAAAAGAUCAAGCCAAAAGUGGCUGUGAGUGUGGGAUACUGUAACUGAUGAAUUGGAAAUAAGUUGAGAAUGGUAAAUCGUAUAUCAGUAGCCAAUAGGUCAAAUGAAGCUUAUGAUAGGAAGAGUACGAAUACACAAUUUAUUGACUAGGCGUUAUAAUCCACUGUUAACAGUUAUUCCAUUUAGCUAGAAUUCGCUAACACGUAUCAAAUUGUGUUUUUAAUUCUUUCUACUACGAAUAUAACUAAUUUUAGCUAUUAUCGAGUUAUUGGUGUAUCAUUGAAAAGGAAGCAGUAUUAUAUAUUAUGAUCUCUUUGUUUCAAAUGAAUCGCAAACUUGAUACACUUGUUGGUCAUUGGUAAUCAUUCAGUAACUGUGACAAAUCGCUUCUCGUCCUCCCAUACAUAACUGAUUGCCGUUUAGUGUCCAUUUUUCGUAGACUUCUAGACACUCAGUUACCAAUGCAGUGGACGCUACUCACAAAGUUGUUUGUAAGUAGUGUGUGGCGGAGCAUAGCGUCGAAGUUGCAACAGUUGUCAGACAAAGUGAAGAGUUUCAGUGCAUCGACAGCACGGCGUCAAUCGAACACUUGGAAGCCAGUCGAGAGGACAGUUCAGAUUGCAGAACACACCGGAAGAUACAAAUGGACCAUUGAAGACUAUGUAUAUGUACUAUGUAAAUACUUUGUAGCUUCUCGCAAUAAAGAUACCUCCUGCUUAUCGUCGUGUUUUACACUACUACCUCGACGCACUAUAAUUGCUAGUGUAAGAGUAGGCUAGAAGAAAACUAAGCACAACCAGUUUAAGGCGUGAUAUCAACCUAUGAUAUCUCUAAUUGUUGGACUGAACUGUGUUGCUAAGUUUAAAUUACUUAGUCCAUGUGAACCAGGAUUGAUCUCAGUAAUCCAGUUGCAUUCACUCUUUGUCGUAAGAUACUUAUACUUUUUGUUUCGCAAAUCCAUUCUUCUCGAGUCGGAUUGUUGCUACCUAAUUUUUCCUACCACCACUGAUACUGUUGGUACUUUUUCCACUCUGGAAAUCCUAAACAAGGUCGGAUAGUGGCUCGCAGUGGAAUCCAAGAUUGGCAUCUUACUCCAUUUGGGACUGGUCACUUGAUUAUGCCUGCAUCUCUGCAUUGGUGUUCACUCUGGAACUGGAAUUUAAUUAUUUUAGCCUCAGACACCAUUGCAAUAUCCGUUUAAAUACUGAGUCGAGACAGCUAUAAGCUCGUGCAACGAGAGUCUACCAUAAUUCAGCUGUAAGAGUUUGGAUCUUCGCGUUGUUGAGGAAUACAAUUGACCAACCUCUUUUGUCAUAUGUACCUCAAACACUUUAAAGUGUUUGUGACUAAUGUUAACACCAAAGCAAUCCUCUGAGGAUGCACAUAUAACAAAAAUGAACUGGUUGCUUGCAUUCCUUACAUCAACGACUGAAAGAUAUAAACCCUAGGAUUUGUCUUGACAAUUUCAUCUCGCUGUCGGGAUAUGGUUUAGUCAAUUUUCUUAUUACUAAUUGAAUAAAACGUCUAUAUAUGUAUCUUAAUAACUUGUUGAACAAGUACAGAUCUAUGUAUUUGGCUUUUAGUCAAUAAUUUAUUAUGGGGUGAUAACCUGUUAUAUCUGCUUGGUUUCUCAAAUCUCGAUAAUAAAAAAUCAAAUGACUUAACUUCUAGGCAAUCUCCCACUUACUACUGUUUUGUAAUUAAUUAUCAUACUUAAGAUCUUAUUUUCUGAACUGCAAAAAUUAUUUUUGUUUUGUGUGUGUUAGUGAUUAUGACGUCCGAUUUUCACAUAUAUGGUACACAUAUUGUGUACUAUAUAUUUCUCAUUCAACUAUGUAGUAUCAUUACGACUUUUAUAGUUUAUUGAAAAACCUCAAGUUUAUAGUAGAAAAAUACGAACACAAUCCAACCUACUUUUUCUAAUUCCUUCGCUGAUGUAAUAUUAGUGUAAUAGCAUGUUUUUCAUAUGACUCUAGUAAACGAUACAUUUUUUUUCUACUCGAAGUGCUUACGUCUAGUAUUGUUAUUAUUAUAUGUUGUACAUACUUAACAUUGUUGAAUUGUAUAUGUAAGCUUUGAUGUUGAAAUUUCAUUAUUGCCUAUUUUACCUACUUAUUGUUAUUAUUAGAUGUAGAUAAUUGUUUAAUUAAUGCCAUAAUUUGACAUCUUUCUCUCUCUCUCUCUCCCUCAAUUAUAAUUCAAUGACGAUAUCAAUCAUCGUUUUUAUUUCGGUCUCUUAUUUGUUUUACAUAAAACUAGAAUAUCCGCUAACCACUCACUCACACAUACAUAAAGUAGGGCCUAAUACUUUGAAGUUUUCACAAGUAUAAUAAUAAUAAUAAUAAUUAUUAUUAUUAUUAUUAUUAUUUUUAUUAUUAUUAUUAUUAUUACUAUUACUAUUAUUACACUAAAUUAACUGAUUAGAUAAAUUUCUCAAACAUAUUUUAUUUUUCAAGGCUUGGUCUAUGAUCGCCACUAGUUGGUUUAUUGACGUUUUAAUUAUAAAAUUAAAAAGUCUCAAUCAUAAUGAUAAUGGUGAUGAUAAAAUAAUGAAGACUAUAACAACCAAAGCGAUGAAAGAUCGAUCUACAGAAGUAUUUCAAGGCUUUAAUGAUGCUUUGUAUUUAUUACAUCAAUUAGUUGAUUAUUUUAAUAUGCCUGCAUCGAAUUGGAUUAGAGUAAAGUUACGAAAUGCGGAAGCUGUUCAUCGUUUGCUAACUGGAGCAUGUCCGACUCGUGCACGAUUCGCUCUCUUACAAAAUUAUAGUCUCUCUUGUUUGGCUUCCUCUUCUGUUUCAGGGAAUAUUAAAGAUAAUCCAAACAAACUGGAAAAUAGUGAUAUUUCCAUUUCUAAUGUAUCUAACCAUAUUAGUAGUUGUAAUGGUCAGAAUCCACUUGACUGUCAUGAUCAUUUAAAUGGGAAUGCAUCUGCAAUAGUUAAUCGGUCAUCACAGAGGAAUGGUAUGCUAAUACAAUCACCGGGAUGUUGAACGUAUUUUUGUUUUUCGUCGUUUCAAAAAGUAAACUUUUGCUAUCAUUAUAAAUAACUUUCUCAUUAAACAACGAAUAGAUAAUCAACUUUUUUUCACAAUAGCAAUCAGUUUUCCCAAUCUCCUUUUUGUAUGACAAACAAUUUUCUUCAUUAAUGUCUUAGAUUUUAGUCAUUAAAGAUUUUGGUUUCUUUCGUAUCGUAUCAGUGACUGGUUAAGUUAACUCGUUGCUAACGAGAAAAGAACCUAAGUAUUACACAACUAACUGUUAUUGUCGAGCAAACUUAUGUGUUUCAUCCACUAUUUUAUAUUUAUAUAUAAUUUCUACUCAACAGUUAAUAAAUCAUAAUUGAUUAAUGCAGUCAGCUUUAUGUAGUAUGAUUUAUGAAUAAAUGUUUGACGUCCGACUUAUUACUAGGUCUUUAUUAUUCUCAUAACCUUGGUAAUUUGUUAGUUUCAUAAGGGGGAAGGGUAGAGAACUAACAAAGAAGAGAGAAGGUAAAGUAGAGAGUAGAAAUCAAGUAGUCAGGAUUAUGAAAAUUUUUUAUUAUCAUUUUAAUAGGAG